AUGAGUGACUGGAAGCUGACAAAGAGAGUCGCAAGAUACUUAAAAGAGACCAAGAACCUCAAGCUCAAGAUGAUUUUUUCAAGAAUUGAAGGAAAAAAGAUCAAUUUGACGAGUUGGAGUGACUCGGACUAUGCGGCUGAUAAGGUGGACCGUAAGUCUGUCACAGGCGGAGUUUUAACUAUGGACGGUGCUAUUGUGCAGUGGGUGUGCAAAAAGCAGACCGGAAUGUCGCUGUCGACAAUGGAGGCCCCAAUGUCAAUGCUCAUGGACAACCAGGCUCCUAUCAGACAGCUGGAGACUGAAGGAAGUGUGUCGAGCGUCAAGCACGUUGAUGUGCGCAUGAAGUUUAUAUGCAAUUAUGCGAGGAGGGACAUCGUGAAACCAAUGUUUGUCGAAUCGAGCAUCAUGAAGGCGGACAACUGA